AUGGACACCAAAUCGCCAUAUGGUUCUUCGGAAUCUUCGAAAGCAAAAAGCGAAUCAUUUACGAGUUCAUAUCCCGAAAGCCAAGCGCCGUCAACGUCGGGCUCAUCGGCCGCACAGAGAUUCCAACAGCAACAACAAGUGUCUUUCUUAGUUGGCGGAAAAACAUACCUCUUUCCUUCCAUAUUUGGAGUCUACAGAGACGGGAUGAGAAAGUUGUUUCUCUCUGAGCACCACAUUACCACGCCCUUCAUGUCAAUCGCCACACACACUGGUCUCUCUGGCGAGCCGUCGAUUGUUAUCUCGUCACCAACCGCUGUGAUGGCAACUGCCGACUUUCAUUCGUUUUCCUCCAAAACCGAUCUCGUAGUCGGCAAUACCUCAGCCUGUUUACAGUCAACCGGUUUCCUUUCAGCAGUCUGGGAUUUUACAUACACGUUUGAUGACGGACAUCAGGAAGUCUUUGAGUGGAGACGAAGCUCCGGAGAUGCAGUCGCCGGAUUGGGUGGAAGAAGUAAGGGUCACAAACUAGUGAGGGUAUCGAGUGGAGAAGUAGUGGCAGCGUGGACACAUCCUGGAGGAAUGAGCUUGGACAAGGUGGCGAAGAUUGGGAUUUUGGAUAGCGCGAGGGCACAUGGAUGGGGAGAAAGAUGGGAGGUUACGGUGGUGGUAGGAACGAUAGCACUUAUCGAGAAAGAAAGGAGAACGAGGAACAAUGCUGCUGCUGCCGCGUAG